ACCCUUCCGUGAAGACCCUAUAUAGUGACAGAGGAGUGAAUGGCCAGUCGGUCGUGUUCUGUUGAUGACCCAGUCCUCAUAUAUGUCAGAAGAAGAAAAAAGGACCUACAUUCCUCGCCUUGUUCCCCCCGGGCAUAAUAACAUGAAACGUUACCGUUGCUAAAUGUAUUGUUAUCUAUAUGGUAAGAAGUAUAACGUCGACAUCCAGCAGGUGAACAGUCCACGAGCUACCGUCGAGUCUGUUAUCGGCACAGUACCGGUAGACACUGACAGGUGGACAUGAUGUGGUGAUGAUGAGGUGAUCAGUCGGAUAAACAGAACAAUGUAACACGGAGAGGCUCGUUAGACUGGAUACAGAAUAUCGCCAACAUGAUGUCCGAGCCUUGGCGACCCCAUUUUCCCGUAGCGACAAUCGAAGGAUUUUACAGAUUUAAUGAUAGACAAUGACAUCAAAAUUACUGGUCAUGUCGCAUGAAUGACGUCACAGAGGUGACCACAUAACAUGUUACUUUACUAUCAAUGAUGUUAUAGGAUGUUACUGGCUACUACUGAAGAUAAAACAGACUUCACACUGACGUCAUACAAGAUUUAAAAAAAACUAGCGCAAUGUACGUGCGCGUCCGGACUUUGCCUUUCAUGUGUAGAAAUGUAUCUUGCCGGUUUCUUCAUCAAAUUAUUCCGUCACACGCCGUUCAAUGGGAUACUGUUUUGGUUUGAUAUUGUGAGAGUGACACGAUAGACAUGUUGGAUGUCACAGUGUUAUGACAUCCCGGUAUCUACAGUAACGUAAUUGGUUGUGUGAAGAAAUGAUGACUCAUAAAAACGAAACUUCUAUACAAGAACAAUUUAAACAGAUUGUACUGUUAUUGUUGAUGGGAAUAAAAGAAAUAUAAAUCAUAAAAUCUCCUGUCCGAGGUUUGUACAUUGCCUCUGGAUUAUUACUGAGGGAGACCUAUUAGUGGUGUACACACGUUGACAGGUGACCACGUCUGUUGUGGGGGAUAUAAGACAUGUCGGCACGUGUGUAGAACACGUCGCUCGUGAGGUUUGCCAGGUUAGGAUGUAUAUCACUAUCACGACCCAUUUAUGUUGUACUCAUGGCAAUGCUUCCGUUCAAUCAGGACUUAGUCUGGACGGAGGAAACAUGAAGCCUACCAUCAUAUCUUCUUUAGAAGUUCGAAGAACACCUUUCUCAAGUGUCCAACGGUGAUUACAUUCAAUUUGGAUUCUGUCAAUGAUCGGCACAUGAACACCUGUACGACUAAGAAAAUGUGCUGAGCGUGAUGUUGAAGACUGUUGUAGCUUUAGAUAUGUGGAGAUUCAUUUAUCUCAUCAUGGUCUACAUCCACCAAGGGACAUCUAAUUCCGUUAUUCGUGUAAGCGGGGGACUUAUAUCGGGUGUACAACUUUCGACGUCACAAGGUCACGUGAUGUCCUUUUUAGGUGUGCAAUAUGCAAAAGCACCUAUAGGCAAACUUCGGUUUCAGAAACCGGAAGUUAAUGUUAAAUGGAAUGGCAUUCAAAAUGCGACAAAUUUAGGUCCGAUAUGUAUGCAAAGCAUUAGAAACGAUGAUCUUCAAUUGCUAGAAAUGAGUGAAAACUGUUUAUUUCUCAACAUUUACGUCCCUGGCGAUAUUGAUAAUGCAAACAACGAUCAACUUCCGGUUGUUGUGAUUGUACAUCCUGGUAACUUUCAGGAAGGUUCCGGUGCAAUGAUCGAUGGGAAAUCCAUUUCAAUUUCUAAUCACGCGAUCGUAGUGACAUUUAACUUCCGGCUUGGGGUAUUUGGGUUUCUGUCACUAAAACGGACCUUUCCAGGUAAUGCGGGUUUACUGGAUCAGGUGGCAUUGCUACAGUGGGUGAAACAAAACAUUGCGCAUUUCAAUGGAAAUCCGAAAAACGUGGUGUUGAUUUGUGAUUAUUUUACGUCUCAAAAGCAUAUUUCAAGUACUUUUCAUAACUUAUAUGAAAAGAUCAUUACGUUCAAUGAUGAUUAUGAGGUUGGAAACAUCGAGGGAACAAAUGCAUACUUUAACUCUGAUGAUAUAAAACAACGAUGUGCGUCGAUUGGUCAAUCAUUUAAUAGAUGCUUACUUGAGUUUGAUCCAUUUAUUCUUCUGAAUGCAUCAACGAGUUCUACAGGACUACGGAAACGUCCACUGUUUUGGCCCGUGCCCGAUGCUAAUUUCCCAGAAAUAGCCAAAAGAACUAUUUCGGGCGGAUUUGUUUCUUUAUUAAAUAUUGCGGAUCUGAUUCUCACCGACCUACCAUUUCUAAUCCGAAGGAAUAGUCAUCAGAACAAUUGUGACGUGACAGACUUUGACGAAAUAAGCCACCACGUGGUUCAACUAUUGGCUAAAGAUAUGGACGAGAGAUCAAAGCUGUUGAUGCUGAAAACGUUGAGAACGUUCUACAAUACGCACCCGGAGGAUUGUUCCGGUGGCGCCAAAUUGUUAUCUGAUUAUCGCUUGUCCGGCGUUCUUUCUUUUGCAAACUCGUAUUGCACUCAGAGUUUGACCCUACUGGCCAUUGCAGAAAUGUCCAGUUCGAAUGAACUAAAUAUAAACACCACAUUAAUGUGCGUAUUGACCAACUGUAGCACGAGUGUCCACUCCGCCAAUCAAGCUUUCGCCCAGUUCAUUAGAUAUGGCUAUCCAACUUUCGCCGAUGAUCGGAUCGUGUGGAGACCAUAUACACAGAGGUCUAAGAACUACCUGUCCAUCAGCGACAGCGUUCUGACAACAGGUGAUGUCAAAACAUGGCCAUUCGACAGACUGGAACUACUUUGGUUUGACCUUUUACCUUCACUUGGCGUAAAGGUCACAUCAAGUAAAGUAGAUAACAGGAACACGGAAGUGCACAUACCGCAGAAUGCAUGUAUAACAAGCUAUGCUGAAGCACAGUGGGGCCUAUCUCCAUCACAGUUAGAGGCCCUCCUCUUCAGUCUGAGACUUAUAUCUUGGGCACACUUUUUAUGAUUACCGUAUAUGUACUGUUACAGUUAGAGGCCCCCCUCUUCAGUCUGAGACUUAUAUCUUGGGCACACUUUUUAUGAUUACCGUAUAUGUACUGUUACAGUUAGAGGCCCCCCUCUUCAGUCUGAGACUUAUAUCUUGGGCACACUUUUUAUGAUUACCGUAUAUGUACUGUUACAGUUAGAGGCCCCCCUCUUCAGUCUGAGACUUAUAUCUUGGGCACACUUUUUAUGAUUACCGUAUAUGUACUGUUACAGUUAGAGGCCCCCCUCUUCAGUCUGAGACUUAUAUCUUGGGCACACUUUUUAUGAUUACCGUAUAUGUACUGUUACAGUUAGAGGCCCCCCUCUUCAGUCUGAGACUUAUAUCUUGGGCACACUUUUUAUGAUUACCGUAUAUGUACUGUUACAGUUAGAGGCCCCCCUCUUCAGUCUGAGACUUAUAUCUUGGGCACACUUUUUAUGAUUACCGUAUAUGUACUGUUACAGUUAGAGGCCCCCCUCUUCAGUCUGAGACUUAUAUCUUGGGCACACUUUUUAUGAUUACCGUAUAUGUACUGUUACAGUUAGAGGCCCCCCUCUUCAGUCUGAGACUUAUAUCUUGGGCACACUUUUUAUGAUUACCGUAUAUGUACUGUUACAGUUAGAGGCCCCCCUCUUCAGUCUGAGACUUAUAUCUUGGGCACACUUUUUAUGAUUACCGUAUAUGUACUGUUACAGUUAGAGGCCCCCCUCUUCAGUCUGAGACUUAUAUCUUGGGCACACUUUUUAUGAUUACCGUAUAUGUACUGUUACAGUUAGAGGCCCCCCUCUUCAGUCUGAGACUUAUAUCUUGGGCACACUUUUUAUGAUUACCGUAUAUGUACUGUUACAGUUAGAGGCCCCCCUCUUCAGUCUGAGACUUAUAUCUUGGGCACACUUUUUAUGAUUACCGUAUAUGUACUGUUACAGUUAGAGGCCCCCCUCUUCAGUCUGAGACUUAUAUCUUGGGCACACUUUUUAUGAUUACCGUAUAUGUACUGUUACAGUUAGAGGCCCCCCUCUUCAGUCUGAGACUUAUAUCUUGGGCACACUUUUUAUGAUUACCGUAUAUGUACUGUUACAGUUAGAGGCCCCCCUCUUCAGUCUGAGACUUAUAUCUUGGGCACACUUUUUAUGAUUACCGUAUAUGUACUGUUACAGUUAGAGGCCCCCCUCUUCAGUCUGAGACUUAUAUCUUGGGCACACUUUUUAUGAUUACCGUAUAUGUACUGUUACAGUUAGAGGCCCCCCUCUUCAGUCUGAGACUUAUAUCUUGGGCACACUUUUUAUGAUUACCGUAUAUGUACUGUUACAGUUAGAGGCCCCCCUCUUCAGUCUGAGACUUAUAUCUUGGGCACACUUUUUAUGAUUACCGUAUAUGUACUGUUACAGUUAGAGGCCCCCCUCUUCAGUCUGAGACUUAUAUCUUGGGCACACUUUUUAUGAUUACCGUAUAUGUACUGUUACAGUUAGAGGCCCCCCUCUUCAGUCUGAGACUUAUAUCUUGGGCACACUUUUUAUGAUUACCGUAUAUGUACUGUUACAGUUAGAGGCCCCCCUCUUCAGUCUGAGACUUAUAUCUUGGGCACACUUUUUAUGAUUACCGUAUAUGUACUGUUACAGUUAGAGGCCCCCCUCUUCAGUCUGAGACUUAUAUCUUGGGCACACUUUUUAUGAU